CUUCAAGUCCGGUCCCUUCCAAGCGAAUUGUUUACUGCGAGAAACAACAGAAAACUUAUCCAAACCGACGACAUCCAACCACACCCGACAAAACCAAAAAUAAACGACAAUGGCAGCCAUCGGAUCCCUCAUCUUCUGCACAGACUGCGGCAACCUCUUGCCCGUCUCCAAGGGCAGCGAAAAGAACAUUCUUCACUGCGAAUGCUGCGGUGCCGAAAACAGAGAUCGCCCCUCCAGAACCGUCGUGACCAAGUCCAAGCCGUCCGAUUUCCCCUCGCUUUUGCGCCAGAAGCUGGAUAUCGUCCAGACCGUCGUAAGACACGAGCUCAACACGGAGAGAAUCGACUCCAACACGGAAUGCCCCAAGUGCGGCAAGCGCGGUAUCCGUUACUCGGAAGUUCAGCAGCGAAGCGCCGACGAAGGCUCAACAAUUCUUUACAACUGCGACUGCGGAGAGAGAUGGUCGGUCAACAACUGAGUGCAAAGAUUGCCUGCUGCAAUUGGAUUUACGAACUUGGGAAUGCUGUUUAGGUCGCUUCGGUUUGGUCUGGAUCAAACGACAUAUAAUGAAACAGCUACUAGCACCAGCAUUGGCAAGCCGAGCCUUAGUGACGACGGCUUUGCCUUGUUACAACUGCUACAACUACAACAACGAUACCCCUUUUUUUGUCAGGACCGAAAAUCAGUCGCAUUGGUAUAUUCCUGAGAGAGAGAAAGACGCAUAAACUUUUUGAGAUACCUUUCCAUCCAUCCAUGAUUCGCCUCAGGAAAAAAAAAAAAAAAAA